GGCACCAACGGCACCAGAGACAGCGUCACAUCGGGACAAUCAGCAGACAAUACUGCUAACAGCUGAGCAACAGCUGGAAGCACCCGAAUGCAUCCAGCAGUAAACAACAUUUAGGCAGCGACCUCACCCACCCAGCUUCACUCUCAAACAAGAUCGUUGACAAGGUCGUUACACAUCACGGCAGCCAUUUAUUAUACGUUGAUUCCUGCCUCGACCUUGGCCUUUUCAGUAUCCUAAUUGAUUGACUUGAGAGGGGUUUAAGCUCCGUUCCGACAGCCAUUCCAAAUGACUUAACUACAUACUGGACCGCAGGAGUCAGCUUUUGCGUAUCAACCGUAACAAGCAUCAUAAUCCGACAUAAUGACUCUCGUAGUUCGUAUAGCGUUGUUAUACUUGGGUCUCGCUCUGUAUCUCACAAAAUGCGCUGCGAAUCUCCCCCCAGGAGUUUCGGGCCCGCGCUGGCCCUCAUUCUUCGAAGCACCUGAAUUCCACCUAAACAUUGCUAAGAAAGACAUCGAGGCAGCUCUCAAGCCUAAAGAAGACGCCCCGGGACCACGCUGGCCGACAAUAUUUGAGGCGCCCGAAUUUCACCUCGGCAUUGCCAUGAAAGAUACGGCGAGUGCAGGGAGAGCCAUUGCUAGAGGUGCUGGAGAAUGGGCCGCACAAGCACGGGAAAAUCUUCAGAGAAAUCCCGUUGAGACGAUCCUCGCAGCUGUAUGGGACGUUACUAGGAUUGGAGUCGUAGUAGUGCCUGGACUCCUCUGGGGACCAGUGUUGAACUUCCUGGGCUUUGGAGCGGCAGGCAUUGGACAAGGUACCGCUGCUGCCGCUGCGCAGUCGAUCUUGGGCCCGAUAGCACCCGGUUCCUUGUUCGCUUUCCUUCAAAGUGCUGGUGCGGGUGGCUAUGGAGUUGUAGCCAUGGAUGCAUUGACGAGAGGAGUGUUGGUUUUGAAGGAGCUGUUUGGGUUAUAGAGAAACAACAGCGCUUUUGUGGUCUUGGAUACGACGUAAUGCAGUGAUAUUUCUCUAUUUACGAGCGCGCUUUGGUAUUUUGGUCCUAAUCUAGCAUCAGACGAGUGCCGGGAAGCAGUAAUUCGAGCUGGUGCAAAAAGAAGCCUGAGAACUACAACAGAGCGACAGUGUACUCCAUCAAUGGAAUGAGUGCUAGUGUGAGUGGCAACACUGUCGCUUGCAAGAUAGCGUCGGUAGUCCAUCAACGUCCGGCUUAGAGUCGAAUAUCCUUGUGACCGAUUUAGUUUGAAUUGAUCAAGGUUGGGUGAUAGCUAGUCUGAUAUGAUGUGUAUGCAAUCACUCUAAAGUUUCUUACCCUAACACACGUACUCAUAGAUCUGCUUGGUGCCUCAAAUCAAGCUCUUUAUCUUGGGACGAUACGACUGUCUAUUUCCGAAGUUGCAGAUCACUAUUCUUGUUAUUCAGCUGCUGCCAUG